AAAACGAGGCAAUUUGCAUGAAGAAAAGAGGAGGAGCAAGUGUUUCAUCUGUUGUCGUUGAGAGAAGCUUAUGUGAGCAGCUGUCAGGUCCAAUGAACCGAGCUACUUUCACCACCACCGAGGCAUCUUUCCUCUUCCCCCAAAGGCCCCGCUCUCCGCUGCGAGUCGUUAUGACCAAGCCGAUGGGGACAAAACCAUCAACGCCCCGAAGAACGAUGAUCCUCUAUCUCAUUUAUUUAAUAUUUUGAACUCUCUCUUCCGUUCCAUUCCCCAAUACACCUGCAUCAUGACUUCCGAGGCCAAUCUCUCCGUCCCGAAGCUCUUUGACUUCAGCAACCAUGUAGCUCUCGUGACUGGCGGUGCGACUGGCCUGGGUGAGAUGGCUGCACAGGGUUUCGUCCAGAACGGUGCCAGGGUAAUAAUCGCGAGUAGAAAGCGAUCGGAACUUGAAAAAACUGCCACCAGGUUGAACGCCCUAGGCCCCGGAAAAUGUAAUAUUGUCGUCGCAGAUCUCAAGGACAAAGCCGGUUGCGAUGCGCUUGUUGCCGAAGUAAAGAACAUAACGGACCGGAUAACUGUUCUCAUGAACAACUCCGGAGCUUCAUGGGGAGCACCAUACCACGACUUCCCCGAAGGCGGUUGGGACAAAGUCUACGCUUUGAACGUCAAGGCCAUGUUCUAUACUACCGUCGGCCUAGAACCGCUGCUCCUGAAAGGCGCAACAGCCGACAACCCAUCCCGCGUCAUCAACAUUGCCUCUAUGGCUGGCAUUUCGACCGUUGAUGUCACGUCCGCGGGAGGCGGAGUUGCUGCGCCCGGGAACGGGACUUACAGCUAUGGUCCAUCUAAAGCGGCAUGCAUUCAUCUCUCGAAAAUUACGGCUUCGAAAUUAAUGCCGCAGCACAUUACUGUCAACUGCGUGUGCCCCGGCGUCUUCCCAUCCCGAAUGACUGAUUUCGGACUCAAGAACCAUGCCGAAAACCUUCUUGUCGGACAGCCUUCCGGCCGAUGGGGCAAGCCGGAGGACUUUGCUGGCCUCAUUCUCUUCUUGAGUAGUGCGGGUGGUGCCCACAUGACCGGUGGUGUGUUUGAGAUCGAUGGCGGAGCAACGCUGUCGAAUUGGGGUGCCGUGCGGCAUAGGCCAAGAGAGACGAAGAUUUAAAAUAGUGCGGUGUGAUGGAGGAGAAUCUUUACUCGUAAUGCCUCAGCAUUACCUCAUCCACGUGAUCCUCAUGCUUCAGGAUGUGCACACAGGCUUGCCACCGUCUGAGGUGCUCCAGCUUUCUGUCAAGUGUAUUGUGGACCAACGCGUUUAAGUAGACUAUGAAACUUCUAUGGGCCUAGUCAUAGCAUCGUGGAGAAUGUGAGUAGGACGUCCGUUCAGGGCGGAGACGAG